UGCUUCAAAGUACCACUCUUGAAAUUUAUUUCACUAUAAUUUCUGAAAUACAUUUAGUAUAUUAGAUUUCAGUACAUUUCUUUUCACCUGGGUGUUGCUAGUGAGUUACUGUUGUUUCAACAUUUUAAUAAACAGUUUUUAGCAUCUCACUUGACUCCAUUCAGUUUGAAAAUGAAUUCCCGUCUCUAGUUGCCUCCGAUUCUCCACCAACAACAGCCUCCUCCUGUUUUCAUCUUUCCCCUCAGGGAACCGGUCUGCUCUCAGCACCGGACAGCUCCCAGUAUGUUCCCACGCCCCGCCCACCUCCCCUGCAGACGCGCGCUGAGAAACAACCACACACAUAACACGGCACACGCGCGCGCGCACACCGUGGGCGACACUUAGCAUCGCCUAGUGGGUUUUUUUUUUUUAUUAUUGGGAGGGAACUGAAGUUCGGGAACAUCUCGGUGCUGCUCCUCUCUUCCACGGUUGUUUAGUCCAGAGCAGGAGCGGCAGCAGCACUACACCUCUCCCGGGGAGAAGUGUUCGUAGAUUUAACGGAGUUCCGAGGAUUUUUUUUUCCCUUUCUUUUUUCGGACAGCCGCUUUAUGAAAGUCUACGCUUUCCUUUGAAGCCCCCGAUUAGAAGUGGUGGUGAUGGGGAUUCCUGUCGUAUUUGACGACGUAAUGGCUGUAAAAUUCAGGACCUUCUGUGGUUUGUGUUUGACAAAGAGUUUCUAAUAGCAGCACCGAGAGACACCGAGCGAAAGAGAGAGAGAGAGAGAGAGAGAGGCAGAGAAAGAGGAUUUGGCGAUGAGCGCAGCUUGCCAGGUGCCCGCGGUGUCCCCUCUGCGCCUGUGAGGAACCACCAUGGCUCUCAUCCUCCUCGCGCUGCUUCUGCACACCGGGCUCGUUCUGGGAUCAAACUACGGCUACGUGGAGUGGUCUGAUAACGACAGGGACGAGAAGCACCCGCCGGCGGCGUUCAGUACGCAGAGCGUCAACAAGGAGCCGCCCCACCGUCCCACUCCGCACCCGCUCCAGCCGACGGAGCGCGCGGUGGUCGCGCACAAAAUCGAGGAGGAUCUCCCCCGGGUGGUGACGGCUUUCCUGCACACGGGAGACUCCUCUGCGCUGAGGCAGGUCAACUGCUCCCGGAGGUAUGAGCUGAGCAGCCUGCGCGGCGGCCUCCACGUCGCUUCCCACUACUCCCUCCACAGCGUCCUGGACACGGUGGCGCACGCGACCAACUUCCUCAACAUGAUCCUGCAAACCAACAGGUCCCGCGAGCGAACCUUCCGCGGGGACACGGGCUGGUACCACGCUCUGGUUCAGAGCAUCCUGGAGGGGGACCCGAAGAUCCACCGGGCGGUGGUGACCCUGCACGCGGACCCGCUGACGACCCCCGGCCCACACGUUUUCCUCCAGGCGACCAGGACCGGAAAUGAGGUGGUGCUGCAGGACCUCUCCGGGUCCGCGCACCGCCGCCUGAAGAACAGGAGCCCGGAGACCGACUGGUUCCACGACUUGAGGGACGAGAGGAGACCCCAGGCGCAUAGGGGCGUCCCCGAAGGCUCGGGCUCCGGCGGCGGGAGUCACCUUCUGGACAAGAGCCAGAUCAAAUGGUCCGCACCGUACCUGGAGUGUGAGCACGGGGCUUUCGUUCCGUACUGGCUGCUCACCUUGUCUGCUAGGUUUUAUGGACUGAAAAGCAACUCUGCGCCAGAAUUCAGGGGUGUUAUUCGUGUGGAUGUGAACCUUCAGGAUGUGGAUAUUGACCAGUGUUCCAGCAGUGGCUGGUUUGCCGGGACGCAUCGCUGUAAUCUCACCAGCAUGGAGGUCAGUGUCUGCAAAACAAAAAGCUGGAGGGAUUCUUUGUUUUACAUUUUCUUGCUACAAUGUAGCUCUGGUUGUGUGCUUAGAUAA